CGACUAUGAUGCUCUCGGACAUCCUUGGCGACUCUGGCCGCGCCGCCCCCCGCAAGGCGCCCGUGCACCUCGACAUCGAUGCCCCGUACCCGUCCUGGUCGACGCCGUCGCCGUCGUCCUCUGUUAUCUCCACCGGCACGACCGAAGACUCGAGCUCCGGCGAUGAAUUCGUACACACGCGCCGGUUUGCACCCACGACGGCCGCCAAGGCCGCGACCAAGAAGACCAAGACGCGCACGAAAGCCGACGAGCAGUCCAACAAGGAAUUUCGCCGCGAGUACAAGAAGGAGUGGUACGAGAAGAACCGCGAGAAGGCGCUCGCGAAAAUGAAAGAGUACUACGAGCGCCGGAAGCAAGCCGGCACGCUCCACCGCCGCUCCAACAAGAAGAAGCCGACGCCGAGCGUCGAGUCGUCGCCGGCGUCGUCGUGCCAAGACGAGCCGAUGACGAUGUCGCCGAGCUCGAACGCGCACUGCGUGCCUGUGAUGCCGCGCCAGUCGACGAUGCCCGCUCUAUUUAUUCACGAAGACCCCCGGACACAGUACUCGUCGCCACCCGUCUCGGCGCUCCGCCCGCCGUCGCGUUUCGGCGUCUACGACCACGCGCCGCAGUUUCCGCCAAUGUCGCACCACCACUACCACCAGCACCACCACGACACUCGUGCCUUCGAGUAUACACCCUACCACCCCCAGCAGCCCCAGGCGCUCCACCAACACCAACAUCAUCCUAUGCACCAGCAGCAGCCACACCCGCAGCAGCAGCAUCACCACCACCAGCAUCAGCAGCAGCAACAACAACCUCCGCAGUCCGACAGUCACUUGAACCUGUUAUGCCACGUCGCGCUCAUGGACUAGCUACACGUCUUGCAUGUCAUCAACAACCAAACUCUCUCACCAACUCUAGACGUCCGUCUCCUGGACAUAUAAUUACGUAGCCGUAUCAUCAAUUCUAAUAUGUUAAUAAGCACCACCAAACUAUUCUUCGAGCGA